AUGGCUUCCACGAUAACCAGUGCCCCGAGUCCGCUGACCACCACAUUCACACCACCGGCGGAUUGUUUCACGGACUCGUACCACAUGCAGUGGUGGGAUGGCGUGAACUAUUACACGCCAGUGUCUGCCACUUACACGUGGUGGUGGGUUAGUCUGGGAGCCAGGGACUGGAGUACAUGUUUUCCAUCAGGCUUUGCGACAGCGACAACGAGCUAUUUUUCGCCGGGCUUGUGCCCAUCGGGCUAUACAGCUGCCGGUUUAUCAGAAUUCUCACUCGAUAGCAAUAUUGAGACGAGAGCAACCUGUUGUCCUAGUGGCUACAAUGCUCAAACUGGCGACGCUUGGCCCUGGUACUCUAGCAACCCGUGCACCUCUUCCAAUACCAACUCGGAUUCAGUCUACGUAUACACAUUCAACGGCGCGGUGACGAGCGAAACAGGGACAUUUGGGAUUCAAGGAAAGGGUAUCUCGAUUCGUUGGCAAUCGACUGACUUUGUGUCAGCAACAUCGACCUCAGAAACCUUAACAUCAGAAACAUCGGCAUCAACGACUUCGACAUUCAAUGGUUCAACAUCAAAAAGAUCAGUAUCAGCGGCCACUAGCGCAGUAGGCGUUGCAGCAACUACAACCGGCCAAUCUAUGAGCAAUGGACUUUCGACAGGCGCCAAAAUAGGAAUUGGCGUUGGAUGUGGAGUUGCAGCCGUUAUAAUUAUAAUUGUGGCUCUUUUGGCCUAUCGAAGACGCAAGGGCAAAUCAGCGCUAGUCUCCGAUCAGGCUAUGGCACAGCAGUCCGGGCCACCCGUCGAGAUAUAUACACCGGCACUUUAUGGGAACAGCCCGCCGUCAAACUAUAUAGACCCGCGAUGGCAGGAUGGAAUCUCACGGUCUGGGGGCUCUGAGCUAGCAGGGUCCCAUCCACCUAUAGUGGAGUUGUCAUCAACCAGAAAUGCCGUGGAAUUGGACUCUAAGUAUAUGUCGACGGAGGUAGACAACCUGCGUCAAUUUCAAAGCAAGAGAUAA